AGCAUGCGCAGUGUCAGUGUGUGGGUCGAGGUUUAAAGAGAAGGAGGCGCGCUCUGGGCGGAGUGAAUUGAUACAGCUAAUCAGCGAUAACGACCAGGCAGUAACGGCUGACAGAUCGCUUUAUUGAUAUUGCCAUUAGUAGUCCUUAAAAAACAAACUAGGCACGAUGGAGGAACUGAGGGAAGAGGUAUUGCUGGAGUAUAUCUCGGCUGCUGGAGGCAGGGUGAAGAACUCGGAUUUACUGAAGGAUUUCAAACAUUUCAUUAAUCAUAGCGACAAAAAACUUCGUGCCAAACACAGAAACGACUUUAAACAGAUCAUCGAUAAAAUUGCUCUGGUGAAAACCGACAAUGGGGAGAAGUUUCUUUCUCUGAAGAAGAAAUACAAGCAGCAGCAGCUGCUGCCAGAGAGAGAGAGGGAGCCUGGGAGCGAUGGGGAGCGGGCCAGCGUGCCGAGACAGGGAGGGAUGGUGAUGUGGGAGGGAGGGGAGGUUUCCACUGGGCUCGGCACCCAGGUUCAGCCCAGCCUCGAACCCUCAACCCCUACAGAAGCCACACAGGACCUUAAAACGAACAGCCCUGACAGGACGGACAAGGGGAAAAGUGCGACGCAGAACAGAGCUGUGUGUUCCUGGGCUGGAGGUCCUGCAAUUACAGUGACGGUGUGCUCGGAUCCUCCCACACAGGAUCUGAACCCCAGCGUGGUCUGGGAGGAGCCGAGCCCCCAGGAGGGUCCCCAAGAGCAGGAGCAGCCUGAGAGCCCCAGACAGGCUGCACGCGGCUGGGCCAGCUCCCCCCAGAUAGCGGACCCUCCAGCUCGGAGCCCCAAAGAGGACGAGCCGGACGCUGUGUCCAAGUCCGAGUCUGAACAGGAUGAAGAUGGCACUGGGAGUGUGGGAUCCUCUGCGAUUGCUCUGGACCCGCUGGAGAAGGAGUGGAUUCACUCUGCAGCCUGUGCGAGACUCCCGGUUCUCAACCAUCUCCUCCAGCAAGACCCCACCCUGGUAUAUAAGAAGGUAGCACAAAUAAAGACUGUUGUCAUGACUGUAAACAAAGGUUCGGGGAAGAAGGACGAGGUGAUCGGUGAGGGUUACAAAGACUUCACAUCUGGGUUCUGUUUUUUUUUACAUGUUCCACUUCCCCCUUCAAACGUGUUGCCGGCCCUGCUGCAGUUUACAGCGUUGCACUGGGCAGCCAAGCAUGGUAAAGAAGACAUGGCAACCAUGCUGGUGGAUGCAGGGCUGGAUGUCAAUACCAGGGCAGGUUACACCCCGCUGCACAUUGCAGCUCUGCACGACCACAGGCACAUCAUCGAUCUUCUAAUCAACUACGGUGCAAAUCAGAAUGUGAGGGAUUACAGUGGCCACUUAGCUCUGCAGUAUCUCAAAAUGCAGCAUUCCAGUGAUGGCAGGAGUGAUCCACAAUUCCCGGUCUGUCACGGGAACGAGCGCAGGAACAGGAAGCUGGCGACGCUUUUCUCUGGGAGCUCGAAGAAGAGGUGGGGCUCGGCAGAGGACCUUGCGAGCGGGGAGGAGAAGGGGGGCGGGUCCCAGCUGCUCAUGCCACCAGCGUUCAGGCCCAGGAAGUUCUCCCGGUAACAGCUGGAGGCAGAGCCGGCUCCUCCCGAUCCUCCCCAAGUCCCUGCAGCUGCACAAGACCAAGGGUGCCAUGGAAGGAAUGGCUACUCCAGCCUUGAAACCGCUGCUUUUAAAAUGAAAAGCUGGGAUCUGUUCUGCAAAAGUAUAGCACAGCGUUUUCCAUAAGGGAUUCAAGUAUCUGACGCUACAGUCCUUUUAAAUAUGCAGUUCUUCCUGUAUUUGGAUAAGGGGCUGUGAAUGUGUCGCUUCUAUUUCUUUUUUUGCUUUUAUUUUGCUGUCUCCAAAAACCAAGUUGCUGUGCAUAUUGUCUUAGAUGUUUCAUAUCAAUGCUACCACAGUUCUAGAGGAAUCACACACAGCAGUGUGUAUUUUCUGCACUAAAAACUAGGUAAAUAGAUGAAGUACGGCAAUACUGCCAUAUGAGCACUGGGGCUAAUUUCAAUGUAGUGUCACAUAGGACUAGAUUUGAAGGCUAGUAUUUUGUUGAUGUAGGGGUCCUGCAUUUUUGUGUAGCUGUAUGUAUAGAUUUGUAUUUUUUACAGUUGUAUUAAUUGGCUGAUGCUGUUUGAAACGCUGGAGCGAAUGCAGGGCGACCGACUCCCUCCCUUCAGACUGCAAGAGAGCGUUCGGUGUUUCGUUUGGGUUGAGUGCCGAUGUCACUUCUGCAGAGUACCUCCAGGAGCCUCCUCGAAGGGUAUGACAUUCAUGAAGGGUUUAAAGGCAAGCCCGUUCUUCCAUGGUGUUUGAGGCUGCAGUGAGGUGUUAAACCCGCCCGCCUGAAAGAAUUCCAGAAUGGAAUCCGGACUCUUAACGUUCCACGAGAGUGUUUUGAUGUUCUAACUGCAUUGUGUCAUGUAAACAGCACUGCAGAAGUGUUGAGCUGGGACUGCAAGUCUUACAAUGUUACAAAAGAAUUGUUUGUCAUUUGAUUGUGCUGUGUGUGUGUUUUUUUUGUUCUUUGUUGUACAGAAGUUUUCAGAAAGUAACAAAUAUCAAGCUUAGAGAUCACAUGUUCUUAAUUCAUGGUCUUAAUUAUAUAUAUAUAUAUAUACCGUAUAUGCAAAAAUAUAUAUUUGCUGUUUACUCUAUUUUUGCAAUUGGUAAAAAAAUAAAUGAGGAGACUUGCAAACAUA